GUUUGCUCACACAGGCAGCCCAACCUAACUGGACGUUAGCAGUGCGAAAAUAUGGCGGCGGCUGAAAGGAAGAGGGUCGCCAUUAUUGGCUCGGGAAAUUGGGGUUCUGUGAUUGCUAAAAUCGUUGGAGCAAACACAAAAGAUCACAACGACAUUUUUCACGAAGAAGUGAAAAUGUAUGUUUAUGAAGAGGAAAUCGACGGCAAAAAGCUUACUGAAAUCAUCAACACACAACAUGAGAACGUAAAGUACUUGCCAGGAUACAAAUUACCCGAAAAUGUGGUUGCGGUACCAGAUGUCGUAGACUGUACCAAAGACGUUGAUGUCCUUGUAUUUGUAGUUCCACAUCAGUUUAUCAAGAAAACUUGUGAAAUGAUGAAGGGACAUGUUAAAAAGAAUGUUAUAGCUAUCUCUCUUAUCAAGUUUGGCAUUCCCUGUUUGUAUAUGAAAUUAGAAGCUACUCAUGCUCAGAUCACGACAUGGAGRCAACACAGAUCAGACAGUAUCACAAGAACAAACAUCUUGAAAAGACAAAGAAGCAUUAGGGGCUUAGAUCAUACCAAGACUGGACUUAAUCUGGUGUCUAAUGUUAUCCGUGAUGCCCUUGGUCUCUCUGAGGUCAGUGUCCUAAUGGGGGCUAACCUAGCAGGGGAAGUAGCAAGGGAACUGUUUGGUGAAGCUACUAUUGGUUGCCGUAAUCAGGAGCAUGGACAAGUCCUGUUAGACCUUUUCCAUACUAGAUACUUUAAGGUGAAAGUCGUUGAAGAUGCAGACACAGUAGAACUGUGUGGUGCUCUAAAGAAUGCAGUAGCUAUUGGUGCUGGAAUGGUAGAUGCUUUAGGGUAUGGUGAUAACACAAAAGCAGCUAUCAUUAGGAUUGGUCUCAAGGAAAUGAUUGACUUUGCGAACCGUUUUUAUGAUGGAGUCAAAGUGGAAACUUUCUAUGAGUCUUGUGGUGUUGCAGACCUGAUUACUACUUGCUAUGCUGGCAGGAAUCGUAGAGCAGGAGARGAGUUUGUCAGAUCCAAAAAGACCUUUGAUCAGGUGGAGCAGGAAGUUCUUGGAGGUCAGAAACUCCAAGGUCCACAUACAGCAUAUGAGGUUUACCAAGUAUUGAAAGAAAACAACCUCACCGAUGAUUAUCCUCUGUUUACUGCUAUCUAUAAUGUUUGUUUUGAAAACCACACUCCAACAGAGAUGAUGGAAAUGCUGAUGAAGCACUUUUGAGUCAAUUAUGUCCUUGAAGAACCCAUUGACAGUCUCUUGCUGUGUGCAAAAAUAAAUGCUCGAGAUGUCCCUGCAAUCCUACAUAGGCUGUUACUACCCUGACAUACAUAUGUUGAAAAUAAUUAAUAGCCAUUACAAUUUGUAACAUUUCCAUACUAAUGUAUAUUGAUUUUCAUAUGUGAUGCACAUAAUAUUUAGAUGUUUGARUUUUUGAGUUUUUCAACGAUGAUUUAUAUACCUUGGUACAAAUUUCUACUAUGAUAUUGAUAUUAGAAAUUUUUAUAAAAAGUAUUAUUUAUGUUGUUACUAAAUUAAUAUAAUUUAACAGCAUCUAGUCCGGUUAAGACGAAUGUUUAAAUAAAACCAAAAAAAU